ACCUACUUCUAUCUCUCUUAAAAUGGCUGACAUCCCUUUCACCCAGCCACAAAAUCAGCUACAAAUCACCCCUCUUUUUCCCCAUUCCCACCUUAUCUCCCUCAAGCUUUCUGAUGAUAAUUUUCUCAUGUGGCGCCAACAAGUUUUGGAUACAGCUCGAGGCUAUGGUCUUGAACCUUUUCAUGAUGGUUCAGUCCCUAUCCUUCCCCAGCUCAGUCCUGAUACCUCUACUUCUUCUCUGCAGCCAAAUCCAACAUUCAUUGCCUGGCACAGGCAAGACCAACUCUUGUCUUCUUGGCUUUUGUCUUCUCUCACUGAGAGCUCCAUGAUCCUUGUCGUUGGACUUUCUUCUAGCAAGGAAAUUUGGGAGGCCCUCACCACUAAUUAUGCUAGCCAAAGCAAGGCUAAGGUUAUGCAGUAUAAGCUUCUUCUUCAGACCUUCUAAAAGAACUCACUCCCUAUGAAGGAUUAUCUCAGCAAGAUUAAGUCCUACUGUGACUUUCUCGGCUCUGCCGGCUACCGCAUUCUCGAAGAAGACCAUAUCCUCCACAUUCUCUCUGGUGUUGGCUCAGAAUAUGAUUCGAUCAUGGUCACCAUCUCUUCCAGUGCUGAUCGCUGGACAGUUGGUGAUGUUGCCUCACUCCUGCUCAGCUUUGAGUCGCGUUUGAAAUCUGUCAAGAGUAACUCUAUCAACAUUGAUGGCUCUCAACCUUCUGCUAACUUGGUUCAACCAACCCCCCAGCGCAGCAGAGAUACUUCUUCCAGAGUGAACUACUCGCAUGGUCGAAAUGAUGGUAAUUGUGGUGGUUUUCGUGGCAGAGGUGGUCGAGGUGGUCGUUUCGGCAACCGCCUGAUUUGUCAGCUUUGCCAAAAGCCCGGCCACUCAGCCGAUUGUUGUUGGUCUCGUUUCGAUCAAAAUAUUGGACAGCCUCUCACCAACCUCUCCGUAAUCACCCUCCUUUGGCGCUCCACCAGCAGCCUGCUGCCCACAUUGCUCAAGGUCGUGGUAUACUCUCCACUCCUGUUCAAUCGGAGUGCUACUUUGAUGCAUCCUCACCAUCGUCUUGGUAUCCUGACUCCGGUGCCACACACCAUGUCUCCAACGACUUAGCCAAUCUCAACAGUGGUUCAAAGUAUGGUGGAGGAUCAGGUCACCAAGCUCCCAAUCCUCAAGGGCACCCUUGAUCGUGGGUUAUAUCGCUUCCUCCUUCAUCGUUCCUCCAGUCCAGUUGCUUCCUGUUCUUCUCCUACAAUCAAAUGCAAGCCUUCUUCAGCCUUUGCUGCUUGCUCCCGCCCCUCACCAGAAGUUGAUCCAGCUGAUCCAGCCAUAUUUUAUUCCUCUACAUCUUCUACUGUUCUUAGUCUAGAUUUAUGGCAUAGGAGACUUGGCCAUUGUGCCUUAGACACUGUUGUCAAGGCACUUCAAAGCUGUAA